AUGGAAUCCCUGAUUUACUCCCUGAAUGGAUUCGCGACUAUUGGACUUGGGAUUUUCUUCUUCUUCUACUGCUUCGUCCAUAAGCUGAGGGGAGAUGGAAGGAAAAUGAAGUUGCCUCCAGGGCCACGUCCAUGGCGUCUCAUAGGAAAUCUCCAUCUCUUGGGAACCCUUCCUCAUCAGGUUCUUACCAAGCUGGCAAAGAAAUACGGAUCCAUUAUGUUUCUCCGUUUGGGCUCCAUCCCCACUGUUGUGGUGUCUUCUCUUGCCAUGGCAAAAGAAUUUCUCAAAACGCAUGAUUUGGUCUUUGCGACCAGAGCAUACAGCAUAUUUGGGAGAUAUUUUUCUAUAGUUUUCUUCUUAACUGAUGAAUCAGUUAAUGCUAUAUAUAUUCUUUUCUUAUCUAAUAAUAUUGUGUGUGCGUAUGAAUCACAUCUUUGGGCCUGUUACAAUGAUUAUAAAUACGUUGCUUUUGGCCCUUAUGGAGAAUCAUGGAGGCAGAUGAGAAAGCUGUUGACAGUUGAGCUACUCACGUUAAAGAGAACCGAGUCUUUCAGAUUUGUGACAGAGGAAGAAGUGUCUUCUAUGAUCGGGUCCAUCUGGCAGGAACGCGGGCACGGAGCGCAGUGUGUGGAUGUGAAGAAGAGACUCUCCUCCCUCACACAAAAUAUUACCUGCAGAAUGUUUGCCAGCAGGACGUACUCCGACAAUGACUUGAAUGGAGGCCAUAGCUUCAGACAAAUGGUUGAAGAGAUGUUUUCUGUGGCCGGUGCGUUUAAUCUUAGCGAUUUUAUUCCAUCUCUUGACUGGAUCGACAUGCAAGGAAUCCGUCGUCGCAUGCAGGCGGUUCACAAAAUAUUCGACGGAUUUGCUGAAAAUGUAAUCGACGAGCACAUUAAUCGUAGAUCGGGAGAGAGAAAACCCCAGGAAGGGGAUCACGUUAAAGACAUGGUAGACUUGAUGCUCAGCAUGGCCGAGACGAAGGGCCAGACAAUAUUACGGGUCGACAUCAAAGCCAUGAGCUUGGAUAUGGUAAACGCGGGAAUAGAAACAUCCUCGACAUUGGUAGAGUGGGCAAUGAGUGAAUUGCUGAGGAAUCCUGAAACGCUGGCACGAGCACAGAAAGAGAUGGAAUCAACAGUGGGCAGAGAGCGCAGAGUAAAAGGAAAGUGA